AUGGCUAUUAAAAACGAGUCAAUCUGGGCUGCCAGCCCCUCAACAACAAGAGGACAGCCCACCCAGCUGAGCGUUGAUGCAAAGGGGGAGAAACUAGCAUACGCUUCAAACAAGUCUAUCUUUCUCCGCUCCAUCGAUGACCCCGCAGUCGCAACUCAGUAUACUGGACACAAGGCCGACACCACAGUUGCACGAUUCGCCCCCUCUGGAUACUACGUUGCUAGUGGUGACUCCGCUGGAAUAGUAAGAGUUUGGGACUGUGUGGGAGAAGGUAUCACGAAAGGCGAAUACUCCAUUAUCAAUGGAAGAAUCAACGACCUUGCUUGGGAUGGAGAUUCACAAAGGAUAAUUGCUGUGGGUGAUGGAAAGCAAAGAUAUGGACAUUGCAUUAGUGCUGACAGUGGAAACACUGUUGGCGAGAUUUCUGGUCACAGUCAAAGCAUCAAUUCGGUAUCCAUUCGACAACAACGGCCGCUCAGAGCUGCGGCGGCUGGCGACGAUAAGACUCUCGUUUUCUACCACGGAGCUCCAUUCAAAUACAACACAGGCCAUCGAGAUAACCAUACUAAUUAUAUCUACGGAGUAGCAUUUAGCCCAAAUGGAGAGCACUUGAUCAGUGUUGGCGGGGAUAGCCGCAUAUGGUUGUACGAUGGAAAGAUAGGGGAGCCAAAAUUUCAGUUCAGAGAGACCGAGCAUAAAGGUAGUAUAUUUGCGACAUCCUGGUCUUACGAUUCGCGAAAAUUUGUUACAGCUAGUGCAGACCGAACAGUGAAGAUUUGGGACGUUGAGACUCAGAAAGUGAUACAGAGCUGGCAGUUCGGCCCCAACAAUGGACCGGCAACUGUUCCCAACCAACAAGUCGGAAUUGUCUGGCCAAGCGGAAGAAGCGAUGGCCUCAUAAUAAGUCUGUCGCUUUCUGGUGACCUCAACUAUCUAAUUGAAGGGCAAACGAAACCAAGCAAAAUAAUUCAUGGGCAUCAAAAGAAUAUCACAUCGAUUGUUGUCGAUAGUGCCCAUUCUGAUGAUACUCUCUGGACUGGAAGCUAUGAUGGGAGAUUAUGCAGUUGGGAAGUGUCAGGCGGUGCUAUGAAGGGCGUCCAAGGUGACGGUCACCCUGGGUAUGUUGUUGGGCUGGUAGCAAGCAAGGAGUCAAGCGGGCGGAUAUACAGCGUGGGUUGGGAUGAUACAAUCCGCUCCGUUGACAUAUCGUCGCAGAGCUACGUCGGCAAUGCGACGAAACUGUCAGCGCAACCCAAAGGGAUUGCAUCUGGGGAAAAUGCCGUACUGAUUGCAAGCGCUCAACGGGUGGAUAUCAUAAGGGGAGGAGACAAAAUUGGAGAAUUUCGUUCGAGGGCCGCAUUGAGCGCUAUUGCGGCCAUUGAUCACUCAGCAGCUUUAGGGGCGGAAGACUCUACUGUUCAGUUUUGCAAGAUAGCAGGUGGUUCAUUAGAGCCAAAGGCAGAUGGCAGGGUGUCAAGAAAUCCAGUAACUGCUAUGGCGUUCAGCCCGGAUGGCACACUUCUAGCUGCCGGUGAUUCAAGGGGCAAGAUUGUUGUUUUCAAGGCCGUCGAUGGCACCAUCGUGACAGAUCGCUGGACUGCGCAUACCGGACGAAUUACAUCCCUAGCCUGGAACAAGAAAGGAACACAGCUGGUGAGUGGCGGUCUUGAUACAAACAUCUUUGUGUGGAGUCUGGACCGCCCGGGCGACUGGCUGGAGGCGCCAAAUGCGCAUAAAGAAGGCGUCAAUGCCGUGGGAUGGGUAGAAAAAGGCGCGAAGAUUGUCUCCGCCGGCGCUGAUGGUGCCGUAAAGCUUUGGCAAGUCGAGUUUUGA